AUGGUAAGUAAUAUUUAAUAUUUGUAGAUGGUAGCUACGUAUAAUAAUAAAUUAUGUUAAUCACCUUAUAAUAAAAUAAUCAGUUAUAUUAAUCACCAUCAAAGUGCAUAUUCUUUCCAAUUUUUUAAUUGAAAAUUUAACGUUUACAACUAUAAUAUAUUUUCUAAACAUAAUAAAGUAUUUUCAGAAAUUGACAUGUCGAGAGGUAGUCUUUCUACUCGUUUUCGUAGUAGUAGUAGUGCUGGGAGCCAAACCUCACACACAUCCCAUGCAGGAACAUGUAAGUUGUUUAUCAUUAUCACUGUCUUGAUAUUUUUUGCCACAAUUACUGUCUAUUUUUCCAACUUUUCUUAUUAUGACAUUUUUCGUUCCAGGACCCAAACGCAGAAUUCAUCUGUAAAGGUCGCUUAGGAGAAGUGGCAGCCUGUCUUUGCAAUGACAGUGCUGAAGAGAUUGCUUGUGUGAAUGCUCAGUUUGUGGACGUUCACGUCUUCGAACAGAUCAACACACCGUACCCGGGGAUCAAGAAGGUCACCUUCCACGGUAACAACUUCCAAGACCUUCCAGAUGCUCCACUCUUCGGACCGUACAUCCACGAUGACUUGAGAGUGCUCAACAUCUCUGCCAACUACAUCGUCAACUUGAACUCGAAUGCGUUGAAAGGAGCUCCGAACAUCAGAGUCCUUGACUUGAGUAACAACGAGAUCGUACUCAAGAAGAACGACGUCGGCUUCUUGUCGCAUACUCCAAAGUUGACUCAUGUAGGUUCUUUCUUUAUCAGCUGAUUUUAGUGAUACGGAACUGGUUUUGAUACAGUAAUUGCUACUGCUGAUAGUAUUGCGUUGAUAACAUUUUAAUUUCAGUUACACCUUCGUCGUGCCUUCACGGCUUCUGUUAACAGAACGAUUCAGUUCAGCUUGAUGAUGCAGAUGUUCGAACAAGCAAACCUCAAGAAUCUGAAGGUAGGUAUCUUAUACUUUUUUACAGUUUUAGAAACCAUAUUGACAAUUCAUCAAAUCUUUAUAAUAUACAUACAUUACAAUAGUACUGUAAUACAUCUUUUUAGUACAUCGACUUGAGCUACAACUACCUGACCUCAGUACCGUACAACUUGCCCUGCCCAUUCCCAUCGUUGGCCGUUCUCGACUUCAGACAGAAUCUGCUCAAGAGUCUCCAGAUGAAUGUUUCGUGUCUGUCGAGCCUGGCCAACCUCGACUUGUCGCGUAAUCAUUUCCGGUUUUUGGACCAAAACUUUACUCGCAAGUUUGCCAAUUACAUGCCACCCCAGUCGAUUACUCUGCGGAAUUACUUUGACUGUGGCUGUAAUACCGAGUAUCUGGUCUGGUUACGGUCUACUAAUACGGUGGGUUUCUUACUGUAAUGGGUAGAGGCUUUACAGUAAAUAUUAAGAAAUACUUUAAUUACUGUAGUAAAAUGAUGCAGUAUUUAAUACCGUGCCUCCAAUAAUUACUGUGAAUCUUUAGGUACGAGAAAAGAAUAUACUGACGUGCCACCGUGCUUCGCCGAGCAGCUUCAACGGAGCCAAGCUGGUCGAGGUGCAGACCAACCUCCUGACCUGUCCCAAUGGGGACUACGAGAUGAACCUCGCCUCUCAGCUCAACUCACUGGUCGGCCUGAUCGCGGUCGUCUACUUGUUGUUAAUCUGA